AUGGCGCCUAAUUUUCAUGAAUGUGGAAUCAUAUUUCAAAACAAUCUAUCCCUCUACGCAAAUUAUGUCUACACUGGGCCUGUUCAAAGGACGUGGAACGAUGCCGGCGGGGCCCCUGCUUUGAUAACUUUGGAUGGCUGUGACCACCUUUGCGGGACAGGGCCCGAGUACUACUCCUGGGCUGACUCCUCAUCCACGAUCCUUACUUGGGUUUUGCCCGUUAUCGGCCUGUUGGUUAUGGCCCCUUAUGAGAGCAACGCGAAGAAGAAGACGCUAUUCCUCAUGUGCAGAUACGCUGGAUCACCUCUUGCGACCCUAUCUUAUAUCCUUUGGAAUAUCAAGGUCACUGGGAAAUGUGCUUUGAUGGUUGACAUGGCUUCGGUCUAUAAGGAUGUACCUGGUCCAGAUUCUGCAUUUGGAAAUAUGCGAGAUUCUCUAUAUUUACUAGGAGUAAUGAAUCAAUACAGUCUGCGUCCUGGUAUACCACAAGUCGAAGCAGAGAAACUUCUGAGAAUUACACUGUUUAGCGAUACUUUGAAACUAGCUGCCGAUGAGAAGCCUACCAAGACGCUGCCCAUGAGGAGACGAAAGCUUGCACGUUCGCUUCGUCAGGGGCGCAAGCAAGGGGCAGUGCCAGUCUUUCUCUCGUCGAUGUGGUUCAUGUUUGCGAUGGCAAUCUCGAUCGAGAUGGCUUUCGGAGAGAUUGGAAACAACGCUACGGCACAUAAUCUGGCAAUGGGACUAAUGCUGGCUUGGUUCCCCGCCAUGAUUCUCUGCGGUAUGGUGGAUCUCAGUCCAGGCGCGAGCGACGAGGUCCGUUUGAGGCUUAACCACCUCCUAGAUACUGUUCGCACUGCUCUUCUGGAUGAAAAUCUUUCUAAAACUUAUAUAAGACAUCCCCCUCAGACAGCGGAAGACCUCCAAUGGACUGACGUCCUCCGCGAACACAGAUUUCUCGGGAAGUCUGGAUUCUUCACUGGUUUUGCCGGCCAAGGUAGGGUGCGAUGGCAUCGUGGUGUUGCUCAUCCUGUCCUAACAGGCAUCGAAGAUGCCUAUGUUGCGCAUAAAGGACGUGGAUGGCUCGGAAGCAACCCCGAAGAAACAUGGGAAGCGUUGAAUGCGGUCGUCCUUGGACCAAACCAUGGAGAUAACCUACAAGGUCUGAAGUAUUUUGAUCCACGAGAGCUAUUAGCGGUAUGCUGUUCCCUGUCCAUUGUCACCGGCUCCAUCAUUGGGGCCUUCAUCAUAUCAUAUUUUACUCCGACCGUUGGACUUGGUUGCCGCUCCGGGGGAUACAUGAUCUUCGCCAUUAUUGAUUUUGCCAUUGCGCUGUUUGAAGGUCUCGCCUGGUAUUACCUACGAGAAGCGCUACCAGAGUCUCGCCGCCGGUCAUAUUGCACUGAAUCUAGCUUGCCUUUCUCCAUCGAGACAAGGCCUUUAAUUUCGAGGGCAUUGAGCAAGCCCCGACAACUGUGGAAUAGAAUCCGGGAGAUUAUCUAUAACAAUCCCCGCCGGGUUGUCGAGGUCUGCAUACUCAUUCCGAUGGAGUUUGUCAACACAGGCUGGCUUUUCUACAUCGUGAUCGCUCAAACCUUUGGUAUUUACAACACCUGUUAUUGCCAAGCCUCAACCUGGGCAGGUACUGGUGGAUACGUCAACUUUGAAGAUGCGGCAUAUUACAAAGCUCACGGAGUUACGAUGUAUUGGGUAGUUGGCACGGUAAUCUCAUGUGCUGUCAUGUGCGUCACCAUUGCCUACGUCUUGAAAGAGUGGUGCGUGCAGAGCCACUUAAACACCAGUGACUACGAGGCAGCAGCAAGAGGUCUCAAGACAACAAGAGCCUUCAGGAAG